AGUCGAGUAGAAAUAGAGGGAUGGAGGUGCGGGGGAUAACAGAGGAGAUGCGAGGGAUGCGCCAUGUCGGCCAUGGAGUAGCUACAGGAAAGAGGGACGAGGAAAGAGGCUGCAUUUCUUCUUUCGGUGCAAGACUUGGAAAAGAACAUGAUUUGUAUUUAUUACAAAUCUCCCUUCUCGUUUUCUUCGUUAUCGACGGACAUGUAAAUCAGCACGCAGUAGCCAAUGUAAACGCCGUUGUACUGUCAGAUCAAAGAGCGGAAGCUGCGGAAGAGAAAAAGGGACUCCACAAGAGAGUAACGCACAUAAAAGGGAGAGGAACGAUGCGGGAGGAUAAAGAGAAAAGCAGACGAUGCGAAGAGCAGACUAACAGUGAAUGACAGAAACAGAAAACGGAGGAGUGUGGAAGAUCAUGAAAACAAGAAAACGAAUCUGACAUCGAUCGAAAACAGUUUCCCAGCCGAACAAUUGUGACAAUUGUAAAUGUAUGAUAAUUAAUGCUAUAUUAAAAGAUAAAAUAAAACACUGUGCAGAA